GUGCGGCGCGGCCGGCUGCUCGCAGGGGAGGAGGCGGCGGGAGGCGGCGAUGGAGGUGAAGCGGCUGAAAGUGACCGAGCUGCGGUCGGAGCUGCAGCGGCGCGGCCUGGAUUCGCGCGGCCUCAAGAUGGACCUGGCCCAGCGGCUCCAGGAGGCGCUGGACGCCGAGAUGCUGGAGGACGAGGCGGGCGGCGCGCCCGGGCCCGGCGGGGCCUGCCAGGCGGAGCCGCGGCCUGUGGUGUCGGCGGCAGCGGGCGGCGGCACAGUCGGGGACGAGGACGAGGACGAGGACGAAGAGGAGGACGAAGAGGCGCUGCUGGAGGACGAGGAUGAGGAGCCGCCGCCGGGCACGGGCCCCGAGUGCGCCGCGGUCCCCGAGCGCCCCGAGGAGAUGGCUGCGCAGGCAGAGCCCGGGCCCGGGUCGAGCGCGGAGCCGGCGGGGGAGGCAGAGGCGGCGGCGGGGCCGGGCGGCGUGAACGGCGGCGAGGAGCCGGGCCAGGGCCAGGGCGAGGACGGCGGCGGGGACGAGGAGCGCAGCGGGGACGAGGUGGCGGGUGGCGGCGCGGCGGAGGAGCCAGGAGAUGACCAAGACAGUGAGAAGUCAAAGCCGGCAGGCUUGGAUGGUGAGCGGCGAGGGGUAAAGAGGCAGCGGGAUGAGAAAGACGAACAUGGCCGUGCUUACUACGAGUUCCGAGAGGAGGCUCACCACAGCCGCUCCAAGUCUCCACCACCUCCUGAGGAGGAGGCAAAGGAGGAGGAGGAGGACCAGACUCUUGUGAACCUGGACACGUAUACCUCAGAUCUUCACUUCCAAGUGAGCAAAGACCGUUACGGAGGCCAGCCACUCUUCUCAGAGAAGUUCCCCACCCUCUGGUCUGGGGCGAGGAGCACUUACGGAGUCACAAAGGGAAAAGUCUGCUUUGAGGCCAAGGUAACCCAGAAUCUCCCAGUGAAAGAAGGCUGCACAGAGGUUUCUGUCCUCCGAGUCGGGUGGUCUGUUGAUUUUUCUGGUCCUCAGCUAGGUGAGGAUGAAUUCUCUUAUGGCUUUGAUGGACGUGGACUCAAGGCACAGAACAGCCAGUUUGAGGAGUUUGGCCAGACUUUUGGGGAGAAUGACGUUAUUGGCUGCUUUGCUAAUUUUGAGGCUGAAGAAGUAGAGCUUUCCUUCUCCAAGAAUGCAGAAGAUCUAGGUGUGGCAUUCCGGAUCACCAAGGACUCCCUGGCAGAUCGCGCCCUCCUACCCCAUGUCCUCUGCAGAAAUUGUGUUGUAGAAUUAAACUUUGGUCAGAAGGAGGAACCCUUCUUCCCACCCCCCGGAGAGUUUGUGUUCAUCCACACCGUGCCUGUCGAGGAGCGUGUGCGCACUGCAGUCCCACCCAAGACCACUGAAGAGUGUGAGGUGAUUCUGAUGGUGGGACUACCUGGAUCUGGAAAGACCCAGUGGGCACUAAAAUACGCAAAAGAAAACCCUGAGAAGAGAUACAACAUUCUGGGAGCUGAGACUGUGCUCAGUCAGAUGAGGAUGAAGGGGCUGGAGGAGCCAGGGAUGGACCCUGAAAGCCGAGACCUUUCAGUUCAGCAAGCCUCCCAGUGCCUUAGUAAGCUGGUCCAGAUCGCUUCUCGGACAAAGAGGAACUUUAUUCUUGAUCAGUGUAAUGUGUACAACUCUGGCCAACGGCGGAAGCUAUUGUUGUUCAAGACUUUCUCCCGGAAGGUGGUGGUGAUUGUUCCUAAUGAGGAAGAUUGGAAGAAGAGGCUGGAGUUGAGGAAGGAAGUGGAGGGAGACGAUGUGCCUGAGUCCAUAAUGCUAGAGAUGAAAGCCAACUUCUCUCUGCCUGAAAAGUGUGAUUAUAUGGAUGAGGUGACAUACGGGGAGCUGGAAAAGGAGGAAGCUCAGCCCAUUGUCACCAAGUACAAGGAGGAGGCCAGGAAGGUGCUGCCCCCAUCGGAGAAGCGCACAAACCGUCGGAACAACAGGAACAAGCGCAACCGGCAGAACCGAAGCCGGGGCCAGGGCUACGUGGGCGGGCAGCGCCGAGGCUACGACAGCCGGGCCUACGGGCAGCAGUACUGGGGGCAGUCUGGAAACAGAGGGGGCUACCGGAACUUCUACGACCGCUACCGAGGAGACUAUGACCGGUUCUACGGGCGAGACUACGAGUACAACAGAUACAGAGACUACUACAGACAGUACAGCCGGGACUGGCAGAGUUACUACUACCACCACCCGCAGGACCGAGACCGGUACUACAGGAACUACUACGGCUACCAAGGGUACCGGUGAAGCCCCUGCGUGGUCGCCUGUCAGCCACGAAGCUGGGUCUCUGGGGGUGUCAGGCACCCCCCCAAACACAACCAAGGAAAACAGGGGCUGUCGGGGUGGGGCUGAGCUGCUGGGAGGGGUGGGGGGAGGGCACGCAAUGGGAGGGCGGGGGGAGGCGGAAACAACAAAACUGUACAUUUUUUUAAAAGUUUGUUGAAAAGAAUAUUGUCUUAUUCUAUAAAACAUUUCAAACCUAGUUAGAUAUUUGUAAUCCAAACAUUUGCGCAGAACUAGGGCUGCCUGUUCUGUACCUGCAGUUGCAGUGUCACCUCUGACGCUGGCGGCGGCGACGCAGCGGGCCGCGGUGGGAGGAGGAAGGUGCUCGGCGGCAGGUAGGAGCAGGUGGGGGCCAGGGCGCUGGUGACCGACCGGCCCACCGACCCACCAGCCCACUGACCGCGAGCGAGCGGCCAAGCAGGCAGCGAAAUAAACGAUCGGCUCUUGGCAAUCACUUCACCGA